AUGUCCACCAUCCCACCAUUCAACAUCGACUUAUUUUUCCCAAAGUCAGACAUCAUAAACAUCAAAAAGACGCCCGAGUCUCAAGAAACCCAAGACGCAUGGGUCCACACCACCCAACCACCCCUCUUCUGGGAAUUCCUCGCCGAGCACCCAAUAUCCCAGAAACUGCAAAACAUGAAAGCCGCACUCAAUGCCGGCGCCGAUCCAAAUGAAAUGGACCACGAGCGUGAUCAGCGCCGUAGUCUCGGUCGGCCUCUUCAUUGCGCUAUGAGCGACUGGGGCAAUCCGGACUAUAUCAAAGAAAACGUCCCGGCGGUCAAGCUACUACUCCAACAUGGUGCUGAUCCCCGCCUGCCUGGCCCAGAAGUCAGGCCUGUGUCUGCAGGGCUGCAGUCGCCCUUGGAGCAUGCAAGGCGACUGGCGAUGGGCGAGUGGAGCGGCGUGCGUGAACUGUUUGAAUGCGGGUAUUAUGCUGAAGUCUAUCAGGUUAUGAAGGAGGCGGCUGAUGAUUUGGAUUGUAAGUGA